CUUUCGAGUUGUAUGAAUACUCUCCCUGGCAAAGCAAAAGUCUUCUCUUUCACACCUUCCAACCUCUGUCUCUCUCACUUUCAUUCUCCCCCCUCCCCCUUCUCUCCUUGCAUCCCCUUCAAGUGUCAAGUCUUUUAACUCGUAUUGAAGAAUCUAGGGUUUCAUACAGCAUUCAAAAUACUCCCAUUCAAGGUCAGUUGAUCUCCCUUUUUUCUCAACAUUCCUUUCUUGGGGAUUUUAUCAUAUCUCAUGGAGUCUCUGCUAGAAUGGUAAUUUACCUCGUGGUUUUUUCUUUUUUUCGUUUCUAGUUGACUUUUAGUUGCCCAAUUGAAUCAGAUCUUUUGGGUACCCUUCAAUGUUAUGGAUGAACCCUUUUUCUUGGUGUGCUUGUUACAUGUGAUUUAACUGAGGAAGCAUUUCUUAUUUUUGUCGAUCAUUCCUUCUCUGCUAGCUGUUGGUUUGUUUUUUACUACCGUUUUCCCUGUACUGGAUGAAUGAAGAUCUUGUCUUUAGUUGGCAUAUAGGGGUAGGUUGAUUGUAUGGCUUGUUAGGCCUUUUGGGUUUUGGGGAUUAGGGUUCCCGUUCCACCCCCUCGCUUUUUUCUCUUGUUUUGGGGUUGAGAGCGUUGUUAUGGAAGAAGUUGAAGAAGCUAAUAAGGCAGCUAUUGAGAGUUGUUGCAGAGUUCUUAGUCUGAUAUCUCAACCCCAAGAUCAGAAGCAGUAUAGGAAUUUAGCGGUGGAAACUGGAGAGGCCGUCUGUAAAUUUAAGAAAGUUGUUUCUCUUCUCAAUUCUACUUUGGGUCAUGCCAGAGUCAGAAAGGUUAAAAAAAUUCAGACCCCUUUUCCCCCAAGCAUCCUCCUUGAGAACUCAAUUUGCAGAACGGAUGAUCAACCCAAAGCCCUUCAGCUUCUUCGCAUCAACUCUCCUGACAACCCUGUUCAAGAUUCGGGUUCUAAUGUCAAAAGCAGCCUUACAUUGGGAAACCCUUCAUUGGAGUUCAUCUCGCAUGGGAAAAAUACUCUUCAGCUUGCCCAACAAACACCACCACCUAACUACCAUUUCCUCCAGCAGCAACAGCAGAGGUAUCAGCUUCAGCAGCAACAGUUGAAACGGCAGGCUGAUAUGAUGUAUCGACGUAGCAAUAGCGGCAUUAGCCUGAAUUUCGAUAGUUCAACCUGCACUCCUACCAUGUCAUCCGCUAGGUCGUUCAUAUCUUCUUUGAGCAUUGAUGGGAGUGUUGCCAACUUGGACGGGAAUGCCUUCCAUUUAAUUGGGGCUUCCCGCUCUGCUGAUCAGAGUACAUAUCAGCACAAAAGAAGAUGCUCUGGAAGAGGAGAGGAUGGGAGUGUGAAAUGUGGAAGCAGUGGACGGUGUCACUGCUCAAAGAAAAGGAAACACAGGGUGAAGAGAUCAAUCAAAGUACCUGCUAUCAGUAACAAGCUUGCGGAUAUCCCUCCCGAUGAGUACUCUUGGAGGAAGUACGGCCAGAAACCAAUCAAAGGUUCACCUCAUCCCAGGGGAUACUACAAGUGCAGCAGCAUGAGAGGCUGCCCUGCCAGAAAGCAUGUGGAGAGAUGCUUGGAGGAGCCUUCAAUGCUGAUUGUCACCUACGAAGGAGAACAUAACCAUCCAAGAUUGCCAUCACAAUCAGCAAAUACGUGAGGCUUGUGGUUAUACUCCAGCAAGAUUGUUGAGUUGAAGCUUCUCCUGCCGUGGUCAUGCAGCUUUUGGUUGUCCCGAAUUGCUCCCGUACAUAUCAUAUCGCACUUGUUCAAGCUUGAGGUACAGGGGAGCGAGCGUCUGGUGAAAAAAAAAAAGAAGAAAAAAAGGAAGUUGGAUUUUGAACCUUGUUAGGUCUGGGAGCAUACAUUAGUGCAGAUUCUUUUGACGAGUUUCUGAGAAUUUGCGAUGUUUCUACCAAUAGCCCAUUGUCCUGUAUGAUAAGAUCUCCGUGUUCAAGGAAUUCAGGCUGUCAAAAAAUUAAUCUUCAUGUUAAAUUUCUGCCUAGGUUGGGUUU